UUAAUUCUCGUGCGUGUUUCAAGAUUCAAUCUCUGAUUCAAUUUAUCAAUUCAGUUUCUUUUUCAAGAGUUAUUUUGGCAGUGAAUAAAUAAAAUAAAAGUGUCAUUCGUAGUAGGAAUAUAAUUUUGCGACUAGGACUUCUGCAUUCAAAUGUAUGCGGUUUAGAUCCGUGUGAUGUUGUUCCAAUUUCACAUUUUGAAACAGCAUUUACAUACCACUCACUUUUACCGCGCUACCUAUAAUAUACCGAGAAGCGUGUUGGCUUGAAGCGUUACCUGAUAAAUUGAAGAACUUAGUGUAACUUAAAAUGGCUAACUGGAUUGGAUUUGCGGUGUCCGUAAACUGCGGCGAGCCGCUGGGCUCUUACCAAGGCACUAUUCUGGAAGCAAAUGGUAGCACUUUAACACUCACUAAAGCCUUCAGAAAUGGUUUCCCUUACCCCGAGGCGAAAGUGACCCUCAAUGCAGCAGAUAUAAAAGAAUUGAAGAUAAUAGAGCCUCGUUCAGAACCAGCAGAGCAGCCUCACAGCACAGUGGCGGUCACCAAGAUCAGCAAGAGGGGGCCUCGGGCCACCGUCUGUGAAAACCUGCAGGCCAAUCCCAGCAGCUCAGGCAACCAGGGGCCUGUCGCUGGAGGCAGCAAAUCUGCAGGCCGCUCGUCCCAGUCUCAGCCACCCAUCCGCAGCAAACCCAUUGACAUCCAGCCCAAAGGCAAUAAAAACAAUUCACACACAGGCAGUUACGGCGGGUCGGGGUCUACGCCGAAGGGGCGGGGCUCGGCGGCGGCGCGGCGUCGCAACGAGGCGUGCUUCGGCGGCGACGCGGCGCCCGCGCGCGACGAGUUCGACUUCGAGGGCAACCUCGCGCUCUUCGACAAGCAGGCGCUCUGGGAGCAGAUGCGCCUCGCGCACAAGCCCGACCUGGUGCGGCAGGCCGACGAGGUGGGCAAGUUCCGUCACGACGAGAACGUACUGGGCGGACCGGCGCAGGAGUCGCGGCGCGCCAUCCGCGUGCCCGACGCGCUGCGCGGGCCGCUGGACUACGUCACCGACGACGGCGUGCUCGUGCCCGCGCUCUCCGGCGCCGCCCGCCGCAGGUUGUGGGAGGGCGUGUGGCGCGCGGGUGUGGGCGAGGCGGCGGUGACGCUGCUGGGGCGCGCGGUGGCGGACGUGGCGCUGCGGCUGGUGGGCGGCGGCCGGCGGCUCGAGACUCGGAACGCGCAUCAGACGCCCGUCAUCGUCACGCUCGCCGGUAUGAACACGAGCGGCGCGGCGGGCGCGGUGGCGGCGCGGCUGCUGGCGGCGCACGGCGCGCGCUGCGCGCUGAGCGUGUGCGGCGGCGCGGGCGCGGACGCGGGCGCGGAGGCGGCGCGGCGCGCGCUGGCGGCGGCUGCGGCGGCCGGCGUGGACGUGUGCGCGCUGGAGCGGCUGCCCGGGCCCGACCUGGUGCUGCUGGCGCUGCACGACGACGCGCACGAGGCGGCGGCGGGCGCGCGCGCGUGGCUGGGCGGCGCGCGCGCGGCCGUGGUGGCCGUGGAGCCGGCGGAGCGCGGCGCCGUGAGCUCGCGCGCCGCCGUGUGCGCGCUGCUGCCGGCCGCGCUGCCGCCGACGCGCGGCCGCGUGUUCCUGGCCAACGUGGCGCCGCCGCUGGCCAUCUUCAGCGAGCAGCGCAUCGCGUACCGGCCGCCGUUCGGCGCGAGCGCGGUGCUGGCGCUGCACGCGGCGGACGCCUGAGCCGCGCCCGCCGCCUUCCGCGACAACUGCGCGCACUUCCGGCGCGCCUACUUCCUGCCGCUGCCCGCGCCCUGGCUGCUGCCCUUCCAGCCGCAGCGCUACGGCGGCUACUCGCGGUGGCGACACUUCUUCCAGUACUAUCGAUAGACCGACCGUGGCGUGACGUGUGUGCUUCAUUAACUGUGUCGAUUGAGUACCUAAUAAUUGUGAACCGAAUUUCGCCUGGUGUAUUUCGACAUGCGAUUUCAUAUUUUUGUCUAUUAUUAUGUCUAUUGAUCAAGCAUGUCGCGACUACAUCAGUCAUUGUGUGAAAUUCACUUAUAAAAUAAUAUUGUAAUGCUGAGCAAAUGUCACAAAAAAGUAAUAAUUUAAUUGAAAAUAUUUGAUGGCACAAAUAAAAAAGUGCCGUCUGUCUGCUUCGAACUCUACUCACGUUACACGGUUAACUACAGGGUGACAUUUAAAACAACUGCAUCCUUUUAAACAUAGACUAUACCCAUGCUUCUGAGCCGUUUGAGCCUAUUUUUAUUUAAAUUAAACGUCAUCAUUUUCACAUUUAAAAAACCCUCAAAAACUACGUCACACGCUUUAUUAAAGAACAAUACUACAAAAAUAAAUGAAAACUAAACAUGUAAAUAAAUGUCUGAAAAAUAAAUUAUUUUUCUAGUAUCAAGAUCAAGUAAAGUACAGAGUACUCGAGAUCGCUCAGCUGAAUAAAUUGUGUCGUUGACCUCUGAAUCUUACGCGUCGCUUUUCCGCCGGCCGGGGUGAUAUUACGUAUUUAGGAUCGUGGAUUUUGAUACUUUUUUUUCCGUACUUUCUGAAAUAUGAACCGAUAUAUUUUUCUUUUAACGUUUUUAAAUAUCCUUUAGAUGAGUACACUUAACAGUUAAAUUUAUGCAGUUGAAUUAAAAGUCACCUGUAUAAGUAUAUUACAAUGACAUUCAGAUUCUCAAUUCACACAUAUUGGUUUUCGCAAAUUAAACCUUUCCUAAAAUUUGUUCUACACCAUUAAUGUUUAAUUAUUACACAAAAAAUGUUGCGUUUAGUACCCGAUACGGAAUAUACGCGGGGGUCUAAUUAAGCCAAACCUUUGCAUGGAAAAUAUUCCGCUGGUUUGUUUUGUGCCUUUCCCGUUAUCACUGCAAUUUGCUUGUUUUGUAAUAAAAUACGAGAUUAACUUUGAAGUUUGCAUCAAUUAUCUGAUCAGCUGUCUUCCCUAUUGAAAGCGUACAAAUAUUAGAGACUGGCGUAAAACGCGAAAGUAAGAGCAAGAGAGAACGAAUAAUGAAUUACCUAAUAGUGAUACGAAAAUAUAAGACCUCGGUUUGAGUAACAGUUUAGUAUUUCAUCAAAAAUUAAUAACUAAUGCGUAUUUUUAAAUUAUGAAUACAAGGAUAUAAUUAAAAAGUGUUUAUUAUAAGUUCUUGAUAUUUGUGUACUGAUUAAAAAGUAAUGGUGUAUAUGGAUUAUGGACAUAGAACAAUCAUCAAAAUUCAUAAAAUUUCUUAUCAUAACUUGACAUUUCCAUUUCAUUAUGUACUUAUAUCAAAUGAUGUGCUUCAUUAUAAAAUACAUUGUAUAUAUAUGACAUGCUAAUCUUAGCAAUAGUGUUACUGUACUUUUAUGAUCCAGUGGUAUCAUUGUUACUGCCUGCCAUUGUAUGACAGCAGAAGGUGCAGAGUAAUGUCCAUGCAAGUUUAACUGUUAAUAAUGAUGAAAACUCUGCAUAGUUACCUUUUCUGCUUAAAAAUAAGAUUAACUCGCUCAAAAAAAUAAGAGUACAAAAAGUGUGUAAGUAAAUAAUUGUACCUAUUACGAUUUUUAUCGAGCAUACCUUUGAAUGUAAUUUAUAGCGUAAAUGUGAAAUGUGGUUGGAGAAUCCUGUGAUGUGUACGUGUGGGAGGUGGCUGGGGACACCGAUGUGGCGUCGACUGAAGGCGCCUCGGGGCCGUCUGUGAUACUUUCUUGAAUUUGCUAUAAAAUUAUUAAAAAUACAUUGUGG